AUGGAACAAAAUCUAAAACUUGAUAAGAAUGAGGAAGAAGAAAAGGUUGAUGUUGGUAAAUACAGGCGAUUGGUUGGGCGAUUGUUAUAUUUGCAAGCCACACGCCCGGAUAUUUCUUACUCUGUUAACGUGUUAAGUCAAUUUGUCUCCAACCCUAGACAAAAUCAUAUGAAUGCGGUUACUCGUGUCUUAAGAUAUUUAAAAGCCACCCCGGGUCAAGGUAUUUUGAUACCCCGCCAAGGAGGCCUGAAACUAGUCUCUUACUGUGAUGCCGAUUGGCUUGGAUGUCUCUUUUCAAGACGUUCUCGCACCGGGUACUUGCUCCUCCUUGGUGGUGCUCCCAUAUCUUGGAAGUCGAAGAAACAAUCAGUUGUUUCCCGUUCAUCGGCUGAAGCGGAGUACAGGGCAAUGGCUAGCACAGUCAGCGAAAUAUUGUGUGUUCGAUCAUUGCUUAAGGAACUUUGCGAAGCACCUACGGAAGGAACUACUCUAUUUUGUGACAACUUAGCUGCCAAACACAUUGCUAACAAUCCAGUUUUUCAUGAAAGAACGAAGCAUGUAGAAAUGGAUUGUUAUUUCGUCCGAGAGCGAGUUGAUUCAGAUGAAAUACGUCCCAUGCACAUUAAUACCACGGGUCAAAUAGCCGAUCUUCUUACCAAGCCAUUAGGAGCUCAGCAACUUCGAAACUUACUUGUCAAGUUAAGCAUGCAAGAUUUACACGCUCCAACUUGA